CAAGCCCCGGCGCGGCGCGAUGCUGCGCUGCAUGCCGCCGCUGUGGCGCUGCAACCGGCACGUGGAGGCGCUGGACCGGCGGCACUGCUCGCUGCAGGCCGUGCCCGAGGAGAUCUACCGCUACAGCCGCUCGCUGGAGGAGCUGCUGCUGGACGCCAACCAGCUCCGCGAGCUGCCCAAGCCUUUCUUUAGGCUUCUGAAUUUGCGCAAGCUGGGCCUGAGUGACAAUGAAAUCCAGAGACUUCCCCCUGAGGUUGCCAAUUUCAUGCAGCUGGUGGAACUGGAUAUCUCCCGUAAUGACAUUCCAGAAAUUCCUGAAAGCAUCAAAUUCUGCAAAUCCUUGGAGAUCGCAGAUUUCAGUGGGAAUCCCCUGUCCAGGCUUCCUGAGGGUUUCACACAGUUGCGGAGCCUGGGUCAUUUGGCCCUGAAUGACGUAUCCCUGCAGAGCCUCCCCAAUGAUAUUGGGAAUUUGGCCAACCUGGUGACUUUGGAGCUACGUGAGAACCUCCUAAAGACUCUCCCCACUUCACUCUCAUUCCUUGUCAAGUUAGAGCAGUUGGAUCUUGGUGGCAAUGACCUGGAAGUACUGCCAGAUACUUUGGGAGCAUUGCCAAAUCUGCGGGAGCUUUGGUUAGACCGGAACCAGCUCUCAACCCUGCCUCCAGAGCUGGGCAAUCUGCGUCGCUUGGUAUGUCUGGAUGUGUCAGAGAACAAGUUGGAGCAGUUGCCCAGUGAGGUCAGUGGACUAAUAGCACUGACAGACUUGCUGCUGUCACAGAACCAGUUGGAAUGCAUUCCGGAUGGGAUUGGUCAGCUCAAGCAGCUCUCCAUCCUGAAGGUGGACCAGAAUCGUCUGGCAGAGGUGACAGAGUCGAUUGGAGAUUGUGAAAAUUUGUCAGAACUCAUCUUGACAGAGAACAUGCUAACAGCCUUACCAAAAUCCCUUGGGAAGCUGACCAAGCUGACUAAUUUGAAUGUGGAUCGGAACCGGCUUACAUCCCUUCCAGCAGAGAUCGGAGGCUGUGCCAAUUUGAAUGUGCUGUCCUUGAGAGACAAUCGCCUGGCACUUCUGCCAUCAGAGCUUGCCAACACGACUGAGCUUCAUGUCUUGGAUGUAGCAGGGAACAGACUGCAGAACUUGCCAUUUGCUUUGACAAAUCUUAACCUGAAAGCCCUCUGGCUGGCAGAAAAUCAGUCCCAGCCCAUGCUGAAAUUCCAGACAGAGGAUGAUGAAAAGACAGGAGAAAAAGUUCUCACUUGUUACUUGCUUCCCCAGCAGCCUUCUCCCAGUCUUGAGAAUCUUUUGCAGAACAGUGUGGACGAGAGCUGGACAGACACCAAUUUAAACAGAGUCAGUGUGAUUCAGUUUCUGGAUGAGCCCAAAGUGGAUGAUGAGGAAGAAUCUGGAGCUGAGAGAAGGGGCUUACAGCGCAGAGCAACCCCUCAUCCCAGUGAGCUGAAGGUUAUGAAGAAGGUGAUCGAAGUUCGACGCAAUGAGGUAUAUGCUGCAAAGUCUGAUGGGGACCUGAAUUCUCCUAAGGCAGAAGAGAAGAGACUGAGUGCCAUGUCAAAUCACAGUGAGGACUCGCACCUUUCCAACAGCACUGCUUCUGCUGACUUUCGAGGAGAGGAGCAGGGAGAGGAGAGAGAGAGGAACUGGCCAAAUGGGCAAGUGCCUGAGGUGCAAGAGUUGGAGAAGGAGGCAAAGUCAAGACCUGAAGAAGAGCAUAAAGAAGCAGCUGACCAAGAGGAGGAAGACAUAGAAGUGGAAUACAAUGAGCCCACUGUACACUUUGCUGAGGACACACUGAUACGGAGUGAGGAUGAGGAUGAAGAUGAAGAACGACCGUUCCCAGUAGAGAAGCAGAGGCUUAUCCGCAAGGACACACCCCAUUAUAAGAAGCACUUUAAGAUAACUAAACUGCCCAAGCCAGAGGCAGUGGUGGCACUCCUGCAGGGGCUGAAUAGUGAUGGAGUCCCCAAAGAGGAAGAGGAGUUAGGAGGCUGCAAUAACAACAUAGAGCCUGAGGAUCAGGAGGAAGCAUGGGAUGAGGAUGAUGUAAAGAAUGGAGCUUUAUCCACUCAACCAUCUGUGAAGGGGGUGUCGUUUGAUCAAGCCAAUAAUCUGCUGAUUGAACCUGCUCGCAUUGAGGAGGAAGAGCUGACACUGACUAUCGUGCGGCAGACAGGGGGGCUAGGCAUCAGCAUCGCAGGGGGCAAGGGCUCUACCCCCUAUAAGGGUGAUGAUGAGGGCAUCUUUAUUUCCCGUGUAUCAGAGGAGGGUCCUGCAGCUCAUGCAGGGGUUCGUGUUGGGGACAAGCUCCUGGAGGUGAAUGGCGUGUCCCUGCACUGUGCUGAGCAUCACGUGGCAGUGGAAGCACUGCGUGGAUCAGGAAGCUCCGUCUCUAUGAUGGUACUGCGGGAGCGGAUGGUGGAGCCAGAGAAUGCCAUCACCGUCACACCACUGCGCCCUGAGGAUGACUACAGUCCUCGUGAGAGGCGAGGUGGUCUACGCUUCCCAGAGCGGCCUGAGGGGGCACCUCCCACAGAGAGAUAUUCCACCUGCCUCAUGCGCAAUGAGAAGGGUCUGGGCUUCAGCAUUGCUGGUGGCAAAGGCUCCACACCCUACCGGGCUGGUGACACGGGGAUCUUUAUCUCACGGAUUGCAGAAGGUGGUGCCGCCCAUCGGGACGGGACUUUGCACGUAGGAGACCGGGUCAUCUCGAUCAAUGGGGUAGACAUGACAGAAGCCAGGCAUGAUCAGGCAGUAGCGCUGCUUACCGCAUCCUCCCCCACCAUCGUGCUGCUGGUAGAGAGAGAGGGUGCAGAGCAGCUCAGCGAGGGAGACUCACCAGGGGUGCCACGAGUGCGCAUGCACUCCCCACCACCACCUCCGAGCCAUGGGGAGACCCCACCUGAGGAGACACCUUCACUGCAAAGGAACCAUCUGUCUAAAGGCCUGGAGGAUCAGUACCCGAUUGAGGAGAUUCACCUUGUAAAAGCAGGUGGUCCCCUGGGACUCAGCAUUGUAGGAGGUAGUGACCAUUCAAGCCAUCCAUUUGGGAUUCACGAACCAGGUGUCUUCAUAUCAAAGGUCAUUCCCCGUGGAUUGGCAUCUCGCAGUGGGCUCCGUGUAGGGGAUAGGAUCCUGGAGGUGAAUAGCAUUGACCUGCGCCAUGCUACCCACCAAGAAGCAGUGAAUGCCCUACUCUCCAACACCCAGGAGCUGACUAUGUUAGUAAGACGAGAUCCACCUCCACCUGGUAUGCAGGAAAUAUGCAUUGAAAAAGCUCCAGGAGAAAAGCUGGGCAUCAGCAUUCGGGGUGGAGCAAAAGGUCAUGCUGGAAAUCCCUUUGACCCCACUGAUGAAGGCAUCUUCAUUUCUAAGGUGAGCUCCUCUGGAGCUGCUGCCCGGGAUGGUCGUCUGAAGGUGGGAAUGCGGAUCCUGGAGGUGAAUCAUCAGAGUUUGCUGGGAAUGACACAUACAGAAGCGGUACAGAUACUCCGAAGUGUGGGUGAUGCACUCCUUGUGCUUGUGUGUGAUGGCUUUGAUCCCAAGGCUGCAGCUGCCAUUGAGAUGUCUCCAGGAAUUAUUGCAAACCCUUUUGCUGCUGGUAUUGGGCGCAAGAAUAGCCUAGAGAGUAUCUCGUCUAUUGAUCGGGAUUUAAGCCCUGAAGAACUGGAGAUUCUACAGAAGGAGAUGGAAAUGGUGAGAGAAGCAACUCAGUGGGAGAGAGAAGAAAUGGAGAAAGUGGAGUGGAUGCGUAGGGAACGGGAGGCAGCCACACAGCAACUUGAGGAGGAGGCAGAGAAUAUCACGAGUGAACCUUUGAGACUGGACUAUCGGACCCUGGCUGCUUUGCCCACCAGUGGCUUACAGAGAGUCAAUCGCACUCUUGUUCAGUGUAAUAGAGCCAGCUCCAGAAUGGAGGGCGACUGCGCUAUGCUGUCUCUGCCAAUGGCACAGGAUAGCCGGGAUUCAGACCCAGAAAGAGCUGCAGGCCUGAUCAUCAGAAGUGUGACUGGCCUUCCCCAAGACCCUGCAUCACCUGACAAGUGCACAAGUGGGGCAGAAAAGCCCCUGCUAGACAAGCAGGAGCCCACAGGUUGCCCCCUGUCCCAGGACCAGAUGCCAAAGACGCCAGAGCAAGAGUGUAUGGUCGACUCUCAGCCGAUCCUCUUCAGUGAAAACCCCUUUGUGGUGGCUAACCGAAAGGGGAAAGCAGCAGGCAAGGCUUGUCUGGGGGGCCCACCCCUGGGCUAUGGCAGGGGGGGAGUGCUGAAGACCAACCUUUACUCCAAGGCUCCUCCAGGAGAAUCUGCGACAGGAAAUUCCAGGCGGGAAAUCCCCUAUUCUCCUGGUAAUCAGCAGGCGCCUGCAACCCCUCGGCCUGUUCACCUGUCAGGCAGGGAGACCCGCUUUGCUUCCAUUAAUUUCAUUGUAUCACAGGAUGACAGCAAAUCAACCAAACCAGGCGUCAUUCAGCCUCUCUCCCGAGUGCGACAGAAUGCUGCCUCACGUAAUUUGGAGGACAGGGACAGCCCCAAUCCCUUCCAGCAACAUGAGCCGUGCUUCAAUAUCCAGAACUCUCCAAAGCCACCUUCACCUCCCUCUCCUGACGAGAUCCCCAUCAAUGUCAAGCAAGCAUACAAGACCUUUGCAGCAGUGCCCUUGUCACACCCUCUGCUUGAGACACAGGAAUUGCCUGUUCAGACCAGCACAGAGAAACCCAAAAGUGCCCAGGAGGUGCCACAGCCAAGUGGACUGCACAGCCCAGAGCAGCGAUCCUUCCGUGAGAGGCAGAAGUAUUUUGAGAUUGAGGUGAAGCAACAGCAGAAGGAUAAGCCUCCCAAACGUGUCUCCUUGGUAGGAGAGGAUGACUUGAAGAAGAUGAAGGAGGAAGAAGCCCGAAAACUGCAGCAGAAACGUGCCCUUCUGUUGGAAGAAGAGGGGGAAGAGGAUGAGAUGGUAAAACAGGCACCUGAUAUGAGCCUGCAGUCCAGUGUCAUCAUUGAAGGAGUAGAAUACAAGAUUGAGAGGCUAAAUGGAAGGAGCAUCCAGGUCCCAGCAACUCGACUCUCUGAAGCCAGUGAGAACAGCAGCUCACAGAGGAAUUCGCUGGAAGAGGGAAUCAAGUCAGAGCAGAGAACCAGCUCUGUGUCUGGGUUAAGUCCAUUAUAUCUUGGAGGAGGGGAUGCAGUGGCACCUGUGAGGACAGCCAAAGCUGAACGGCGUCACCAGGAGCGACUGAGAAUGCAGAGUCCUGAGCUCCUGAGUGGUCAGGAGAAGGAACUUUCUCCAGCAGAGCGUCGUGCUCUGGAGGCAGAGAAACGAGCAAUGUGGAGAGCAGCACGAUCCUCAGCUCUUGAAGACAGUAUUAAACAGUACGAGCAGGACCUGGCCAGGAAGUUGUACCAAUCCCGACAGUGGGCACCUGCUCCUGGGGCCAGGCCAGCUCAGAUGCCUAGUCCAAUGCAGAGUCACGUCUCAAGAAUCUCGGGGUCAGGAAACCAAUCCAGGAUGAAGUCACUUGAACAGGAUGCUCUUAAAGCCCAAAUGGUUAUUGCUAAGUCCAAGGAGGGAAAAAAGCGCAGCACUCUGGAGCAACUGGCAGAAUCACCAUCACCUGUUCCUACCCCAUCACCAACACCGCUUGAAGACUGCAGCCCCAGGAAUGUCACUUCUCCAGGAAGGCUGUCCCUGUCUGAAAAGAAGUUUGACUACCGGGAAUUUGCUGCUAUUCCUUCUUCCAAACCUGUUUACGAAAUCCAGUCACCUGAUGCAGCUGAUGAUCACAGAUACGUAGAUGACAGAAAUAACUCAGUUCUUCAGGAGCAGGAUGGGCAGCAAGAGGACGAGGAAAUGUUAUUAAGACACGAUUCAUCAACACCUACUGCAUCAGCACUUGAAGAAAUGGCUCUGUAUAGCAGCAAACGCAAACUGCGACACAGCCGGCGCAGUUUGGAGGCUGCUGUCCCUACGUAGAAGAUCUGAUGCACCUGGGCAAUGGGAUAGCCCUACACAGGGCUCUUGAGCUUCCUGUGCUCCAGGGACAGCACUGAACUGCCCCCACAGCUGCCUCCUGGACUCUGGAUGGGAACUGAGCACCCCAGGGAGCGCUGUGGUUAACUAACUUCCUUUAAGGCUGUGAACCACCCUCUUUUCUCACCCCAUAGUGCAUCGGGGCAUGUCCUGAACAAAAUGGGACAAUAGACUUACUGAUCGCCAAUUGAGAGGAGGUGUAGGUAGGACAGUGGGCAGCUGCAGUUUGUUAGCCUGUACAUAUUGGGGGGGGAGGGGGGAGGAAGGGUAGGACAGGGAGAGCAUAAAAGUGAGAAUGUGGCAGGGGGCUCCAGUUGGUAUUUCCUCAACUUGGAUUAUUAAUGAUUAAUAGGGGAGCUUCUAUUCUAGUAUGAAUUUGAAGGAAGUUCCAGCCUUUACUGCUAUUUAAUUUCCAGUCUUUUGCCAAAAAGCAUCUCCCACACACAGUGUCACCACUUUCUUCUGUGAGUGUGUGGAAGGGGGUAGCUUUGAGGCAAAAAUAAUAAUAAUAAUAAUAAUAAUAAUAAUUUCAGUGAAGUGCCUCCCUCUGACACUGACACCUGUGUGCUCAAGCAAAGAAGACUGAAUGAGCAGGAGCCUGUGCCAGCUCUAGGAAGCAUCAGCUCCAUUCCACUUGCCUCUGUGAGAGCAGCGAUCUGUUCCAUGUAAAAACUGCUCCUGCUAGUAUUUUGUGCUCUUCUGGGAGACAGUUACCUAGAGGUACACGUAAUUGUGUGUAUCCCAUACAUGCAGAGUGUGAGCCACUCAACAUGCACACUGUACCAAGUGUCAGGGGAAGCCAGGUAUCUGUCUUCUGUCAGCAUCAUGACUGAGUUGGUGAACUGGGGCAGGAAGGAGAAAUGAGCUGAAAAGCUGUAGUGAGAAUAUAGCAGUGUGCAUGUUUGACAGCAAUAGGGGACAGAAUAGUUGGGGGUUAGGAUAUGGUGGCAAAGGUAGGUGGUGUAUACAGCAGAUAAGGUAGUGGGUUAGGAUUCAGAAAAUGGGAAAAGGUAGGUGUGCUGCUGGGGUUAAGUUAGGAGUAAUGCGUUCUUACAGGUAGGAGAAUACUAGUGGGUGAAUCCACUAAGUUGCCUACUAGCACUGAGAUGAAGUGUGAUAUUGAGGAGGUGCUAGGUAUGGAGCUCUCAAGGAGUGCCUGCCAGGCAGGGAGCACAAUGAAAUAGAAUGGGUCUGGCUUAUGCCUUGCAAUAACUACAUAAUCCUGCACUCUCUGCCAAGAUGUUGGCUUUAGGUCCCUUUCCAUGCAGAACAGGGCAAAUAUAUACUUGCCCAUGCAAGGGAAAAAAAAAAAAAAAAAAAAGGAGCAGGGUUGCAAUUCAUUGUUUUCUUGCAUGAAACAAGGGCUUAGAACACAUUCGGUAUCAAAUGAGCUUUGCAAAUGUGGAGGAGACAGACAUUGCCCAUAGCUCUGUUCUGCUCUACUACUGAAGUAAAUAUCCUUUUUUUUUUUUUUAAUGCCUCCAAUAGAAGACAGAAAGGCAUCUGAGCUUGGCAGUAAUCUGAUCUGUCUACCCUAAUACAUUGGUGCUCUCUGCUGAACCCCUCCAGCAGUAAGAAAGACCAGAGUCGUACCUGAAGCCUCUCAGUGACUGGAUGUGGCUUGGGAGUGGCAGGCACUUCUGCUUGUAUAUUUGCUGAAUGACUGGAUGCAGUUUCUUUUAGUUGAGAGCCUCCCUUCAUGCCAAAAUCCAGUGGAUCAUUUUAACUGACUUUGUAUGUUUUAAUUUUGCAGGGCUUUGAAGGGAGAAUUCUGAUAAUCUCAAACUGCAGCUAUGGCUGCUUCCAUCAUCAGCAAGUUGAGCUUUCCUUUUUAAAUCUAAUUUUAGCAUCUGCUUUUUAACAAGAGCAAUUUUGGAAACAAUCCUGGAGUGGUUUUGGUGACUAACUUGUGAUUUUUUUUUUUCUUUUCCCUUUGCGGUACCUGGUGCCAGGCUCUGGGUUCUCUCCCAUUCUCUCCUGAGAGACUCUGAGGGAAAAUUAGCGCAUCAAGACUGUAACUAGUGAAAUUUGUACAACCAAAGAAAUCUAUUUUGUGGUUCAAGGAUAAUAAAGUUUACUUUACAUUUUA